AUGCCGUCCAUUCUCAACGACGACGAUAAGGAUACCGUCAAACGGUUUAUCCCUAAGCAAUCCAACAAGAUCCAGGCCGUCGCUGUGGCCAGACUCUACGUCGCCUACCCCAAUCGUUCAAAAUGGACUUAUACCGGGAUACAAGGAGCCGUUGCGCUCGUAAAUGAUUUAGUUGGAAACACCUACUGGAUCAAGAUGGUCGAUAUCUCGCCUACCAAUCGAGGAGUCAUUUGGGACCAGGAGAUCUUCGACACAUGGAAUUACAACCAGGACCGAACUUUUUUUCAUACAUUCGAACUCGAGGAAUGCCUGGCUGGCCUGAGCUUCGUCGACGAAAAGGAGGCCAAACAAUUCAAAAAGAAGAUGGACGAGCGAGAAAAGAACGCAAGCCGAGCUACCAAGGCGACACCCUUUGGAGGCGGAGCUCAACCGUCCCACAAGCAUGGCUUAUUGGGAGGUCUAUUCAGCCAUCGUCAUUCCACUCACCAUCCUUCAGGCCCAACGCCUCCAGAGUCCCCACGAAUGCCUGCAAACUCCAUCCAACACCAUAUUAUCAACUCGACGCCUAACCUCAAUGGCCACAAACAUUCCGAAUUCUCUCUUUUAGAUGCCUUCGAUCCUCUUUGGCGUGAACACUUCGGAGCAGACCUUCAAGACAAAGGUUUGACAGACGAUUUCAUUAAGGAGAACCAGGAGUUCAUUGUAGACUUCUUGAGGGAAGAGCAGCAGAAGGCGUCUCGACCUCAAUCCACACCACCACCUCCCCCAGCGUCAGCACUAUCCGCCAAUGGUAACGAUGGACGAAGCUCUCGAGCACCCCCGCCGCCGCCUCCGCCAUCUGGUGGCCGGUCCCAAGCGGACGGACCUCCCGCGCCACCGGCUCCGAGAAAGGGCGGCCCCCCACCCCCUCCGGCGCCGAGACGAUCCGGCAAGGCCGACGCAGUACCCGAGCGACAGCCGUCACCUCCUCGACCGAAGUUUGGUGUGCCUCCUCCACUGGCAGAUGCAGGCAAAUUCGCUCAUUCUGAGCCUCCAAGAGCUGUUCCGGCAGCACCUAAUCCUGGACCUCCUCCUCCCCCACGACCAGCAAAGACACCAGUUGACUCGACGAAAAACGAGAGCCACAAGUUCGGAGUCCCUCCUCCUUUCUCUGGCUCAAGAGUGCCUCCACCAACACCGAGCCGUGGAUCGGUUCCUCCUCCACCUCCGCCGCGCAACGAACCCCCUGCAGCUCUUCCUCCGCCCCUACCCCCGAAGGUGCCAACAAGUUCAGCUCCACCACUGCCGCCUCCGAGCACACGGCCGGUACCCCCUCCUCCGGCCGUCAGUUCCCAUCCUCCAGCUCCUCCUCCACUGCCGCCAACUACAAACGGCGGACCUCCACCGCCACCACCUCCACCCCCUGGAGGUCUUGGUGCUCCUCCUCCUCCACCUCCUCCUAUGCCACCAAGCGGUGGUGCUCCCCCCCCUCCCCCACCACCACCCCCAGGAGGUCCUGGUGCACCCCCACCUCCUCCGCCUCCUAUGCCCUCUGGCAGCGGUGGUGCUCCUUCUCUUCCUGCUGGCGGAGAUACUAGUCGUUCAGCUGUGCUGGCGGGCAUUCAACAAGCUGGCGGCAUCGGUGCUCUCAAGAAGGUUGACCGCUCACAAAUUCGUGACCGCAGCGGCGCUCAAGUUGGUGGCAGCGACGUUGGUGGCAACAGUGCGACAGCUUCAGCUGUAAGUGCUUCAGGAGGCGGUGGAGGUAUGGCUGAUGCUCUGGCUGCUGCACUACAGAAGAGAAAGGAAAAGGUUUCCAAGAGCGAUGACGAGAGCGAUAACGACGAUUGGUGA